AUGUCACGUGGGAAAAAUAUUUGUUCGGUUGAUGAUCGCAGACAAAAAACUAAGGAUAGUGGGAAAAUGUUAGUUGCACUUCCAUCGCCAACACGGGCACCAAUUGGCAAGAAAUUUAUUCGCCAAAAACAUGUUGACAAAACGGGUAAAUUGAAAAUAAUAACACCAGCGACUUAUUAUGAACAAUGGACUGAAGCAGUUCUCGAAAGUGGUAUACGAAAUAUCCGUCGAGAAUAUAUCGACUUAGUUCGGAAUUAUGUGCCGACAGGAACACAACAUGCUUGGGAGGAUGAUAAAAAUUAUUACAAAAACAGAUAUGACGAUGUUCGGGUAUUGGAUAACACACGCGUGAUACUGAAAGAUACUCCGAACAAGGAAGAUUAUAUUAAUGCGUCAUAUGUGAGCGUUGGUGAUGAUAUGAUGCUUAUUUGCGCACAAGGACCAAUGUCAAAUACCAUUCAAGACUUUUGGUUAAUGAUUGUUCAGGAGGAUGUCAGGGUUAUUCUACAAUUAUGUCAGUUUAAUGAAAAUGGUAAAGAGCAAUGUGCGGAAUAUUUGCCGGAUGAUAAAAAUUGGAAGGAAUUUGGUGUCGUACGAGUACGAUGCUUUGAAAAGCCAAGAACCAAUUUACAAUUGAAAAAAGUCACUCAAGCAAAAGUUCAAGUCUCUUACAAAGACAUAAAACAUGAGGUUAUGCAUAUAUUGUACAGUGGUUGGCCUGAUCACUUUGUAGCCGAAUCGGCAUCAACUUGUCGUGAAGUACGAGCACUUGUCCUAAAAUACUAUCGAAAAAAACCUAUAGUUGUGCAUUGUAGCGCUGGUGUUGGAAGAACAGGAACAUAUGCAGCAUUUGAAAUGGCAAUUCAAAAAAUUAAAAAGAAUAAAAUGCUCGUAAUACCAGAUGUUGCAAGAAGUGUACGCGAUCAACGAAUGGGUGCUAUUCAAAAUGAUCAGCAAUAUUUGUUCAUCUAUCGUAUGGUACUGGAAAUUUUGAUCGCUGAUCAGUUGCUCACCAAAACACCAGAAAUAAUGGAUUUUAUCAGAGAAUAUGAUGAUUUGGUGCGACGAAAGCGUAUUGAAUAUGCUAAAAAAAGUUCAAAAAGUUCCAAAAGUGCAAAGAAUAAUGCUUGA